AUGGCCGAUGCGACUGUCCUUGGAGGGUCCGAGACUCCACAGCCUCCACCACGUGCUGGUGGUGCGAGGCGCUACAACGUCGAGCGCUCAUGCAUCCGAUGCCAUCAGAAGAAAAUCCGUUGCGAUAAGUCAAUUCCAUGUUCCACCUGCGUCAAGUCUGGUAACGUGGAAUCGUGUCGUUAUCCGGGGCCAGAGCGUGCCAAGCGGCGGCCCCGGAAGGAAGCCUCCACGUCGCUUGUGGAACAAGUCGAAAGACUUGAACAGAUUGUCUCGAAUUCUCUCAAGCGAAAAAGGAAUCACGAUCAAGACGAACGACCCUCCAGAGUGCGAUCGUCCUCUUUGGAGGGUAACUUAAGUCAUCGGCAUCCAAGCCACGGCCCGUCCAACUUUACCGGCCUGCUUGUCAAGGACGGCAAUAUGGUACGAUAUGUGAAUGACCAUGUACUCUCACAUAUCCUGGAAAAGGUACUGAACCUGACCUGA